CAGAUCUCCGGAAGGUCGGUUCCAGUUGGCGGCGCGUACGAUCGCGGUCUCCCUAUGCGCGUGCGUGUGCGAGUGGUUUAGUAAGCGAAGUGUGCGAACAGGCGAAUGUUGUGUAAGCGCCGCUGAGCAUACGAGAUUAGCGCUUUGGACCACGGUUUCGAGGGUUCUGGGCCAUCUUUCCGGGACUUGUCAGAACUCUCAGUCUGCUGGCGCUGCGUGGAGAGUUAGUGUGUUUAACGGUGGAUCGUGCUAAAAUCGGUGAAUCAAUCCUUGUGUGGGGAGCAGUGGGAGCUGUGAACCGAGUUGUGUGUGUGGUGGUAUGGUGUAGUUGUGUGCGGUGCAUUCGAAGCCAGAAACACUGCCCUGCUCAGAUCCGUGCAGUACACGAACAAUAGUUUACUGACCCUCGGGAGCGGACCAGAGGACCCCGGAACUUGUUCUGCAGACAGCGUUCGCUGAUUCAGAGUCGCUCAAAAUGCGCUUCACACGCUCCACCCAAUGGGUGCUGGUAGUGGUGGCCACACUGCUGACGAUCGCCAGUGGCCAAAUCUCCAGUGUCGUAAGACAGCCACCCAGCCAGCAGUACAGCAGCCCGCAACAGCAACAGCAAGCGGCCCGCCAGCAGAAGUACUCGGGCAACAUUAACCUCGUGUCGGACAGCGUCACCAACCUGGCCCAGCGUAUCGCUCGGGCCAUUUCGAAUCAAAAGAGCAAAACGGAGAUCUUCUCCCCGGUCAGCAUUGCGGGCGCCCUGUCGCUGCUGCUGCUCGGUUCGGGCGGUCAAACGCAGAAGGAGCUGCUGAAAGUGAUGGGCCUGGACACCGGGGCACUGUCCUUCCAGGACAUCCAUCUGGGCUUUGGGCGCCUGUUCCAGGAUUUGGUGUCGAACGAGCCGAGCCUGGAGCCGCUCGUGACCUGGCGUCAGAACGACAAGUGCAACCGGUUCGAUGAGGAGGAAGACGACGAGGACUACCCUCUGCCACCGGCGGCCAACAGUGCGAACGAAUCGAGCCAUGAUCAGCACAAAAUAUCGCUCGCCAACGGGAUCUUCUUGCAGGACCAGUACAACCUCAGCCAGUGGUACCGGAAGGCAUCGAUGGACCUGUACCAAUCGGAAGUGCGAUCGCUGGACUUUGACGAUGACCCAGUAGGCUCCACGAACACGGUCAAUCAGUGGGUGAGCGAGAAAACGCACGGCAAGAUACCGAACAUCCUGGCCACGGCGCUGCCAUCCACCACGACGCUGGUGCUCGCCAGCGCUAUGUACUUCCGGGCCACGUGGCACAAAACGUUCAUCGAGGGUGCAACGAAACUGCGCGAGUUCUUUCCCGACGGCUACGACCAACCGCCGAUAAUGGUGGACAUGAUGGGGCACGGUGGCUGCUUCCCGUCCUACGACUCGCCCGAACUGGACGCCCGCAUCCUGGGAAUUCCGUACAAGCGGCGGCUGAGCACGAUGUACGUGAUUAUGCCCAACAAUUCGACUCGCGCGAAGCUGCUCGACCUGAUGGCCAAGCUAAACAGUGAAAACAUCAGUCAGAUGAUCAACAAUAUGACGAUCAAGACGACGAUUUUGCUCUUCCCCAAGAUGCACAUCGGCAAUACGCUCAACCUGAAGCGAGUCCUGGCGAUGCUGGGCGUACGGUCACUGUUUACCCCCGAUCGCAGCAACCUCACCGCCAUGGUGUCGGAACCGCCGAGCGACUCGGAGCUGUUCUUCAAUCGGUUACAGGACGUGACGUCAAUGCCUGGGUGGGAAGGACGACCGACUGUCAAUAUUCCACCGUAUGUCAGCAGCUCGAGCCCAAAGCAUGACCUGACGCAAGGACUCACAUUUUCGCGGGUGCAACCGAAUGAACCGGAUACUGACCUGGCCAGCGAUGAUGUUACCGGUACCCAGCCCGUAACGACAUCACUUCCCGAGACCCGGGAACAGGUGCGCCCGAAGCGUGACGUUAGCUAUAAGGCGCCGAGUAGCAAGCGAGGUCAGUCAGGGCCGCUUCGAAGCAAAGACUUCAUCCUAAACAAGCGCAUCGUCAAGGAGAAAGGACCGGUCGGCAAGAAGGGCCUACGAAGACGCAUGAAACGAGCCACGACCGAAGCCGCGAAGGCUCUGUAUGUGAGCAGCGCGAUCCAUCAGGUUGACCUGGACAUCAACGAAAUGGGCACGGAAGGCGGUGCGGCGACGGUCAUCACUCUGAACCGAUCCGGCUCCAGUGUUGUGUUCCGUGCGAAUGCACCGUUCUUGUUGCUGAUUCGUAACGAUCGCACGGGACUACCGCUCUUCUAUGGAGCGGUGUUCGAUCCAACGGGCUGAAACGGCCAGAGCGAGGCCGAGUGAGCCACUGCUGCCUAGAGGUAGCACGAGCGCGAUACUAUUUCCAGAUGGCCCAAUGGGCAAGCUUUUACGCGAUAAAACUGUUAGAGACACCUACUUAAUGGAAAUAAAGAUAAC